AAAAAAAAAAAAAUCGACAUUAAGUGUUUCAAACUAACAUUCGAUGUCAUCUCCAACCAUGUCUUUUAGUUCAGUGUACACACAUAAUACGUCUUCUUUGGGUCCCCUUCCUUCUUCUAAUUCAACUAUAUACGGAAGACAAAAUUACGCUUCCUCUAUUAAUAAUAAUCCUAGCCAUAAUACUUCAACAAGUCCUUAUUAUCAUCAUAUUCAACCUCCUCCACUUACUACUGUUAUUGAGCAAUCACAUCAAAGUAUGUCUCAAAAGGCAACCAUCCCAUCAACACAAUGGACAGAUAACAGAAUUAAUGCAAUGUAUCCAGUUUCAUCUUUUUCCCCUUAUCAACCAUCGAACGGUUCAAUCCAUAAUAUAGUUGCGAUGGAUGAAAAAAUUCAAAAACCUAUCUAUCCUCAACAUACCAUGGGUACACACCAAGCACCUACUCUUCCCCCUCCACAAAGUCAUCCUGGUGUUGAUAUGACAAAUGCAGCAAGUAUGGUUGCUAAUAGACCUCCUACUAGACAGUUGACAAAUUCUAAGAGAGCUGCUCAAAAUAGAGCUGCUCAACGCGCUUUUCGCCAACGUAAGGAUAGAUAUAUUAAAGAUUUGGAGGCAAAAGCUAAGGAACUAGAGACUACAAAAAAGCAGUUGGAGGCUUUGCAAAAAGAAAAAGCUGAAAUGGCAGUGAUUAUUCGUAAUUUAAAAAAUGAAAAUGCAAAAUUAAAAGGGGAGGAAGUUAUCGAUGAUGAUAACAGACAUAAUGGAAAUAGUUCUAGUACUGGUGCAAAUUCAAGUUAUUCUCAUUAUAAUAAUUCAUCAAGAAAUGAAGAUGAAUCUCAAGGUCUUGGUGAAGAACCCUGGCUCAGACAUAGGGAUUCCGUUCGUAAAGAAGCAUUGAAUCGUCCUGUAACAGAUACUCCAUCAAGAGGAUCAAGUUUAGUUUUACCAGGUCCAAACACAGAUUCUACAGUCGAACCAAUUUUUAGACCAGAUUAUCGUCAUCCAAAUUCAAAUAGCCCAUCCCCACCAUCAUCUGCAUCUUCUGAUCGUAACCGUGGUCCAUAUGGAGGUUCUCAAAAUAAUAACAACAAUGGAAGGGGAUAUUCAAGCAACGAUGAAGAUACUGAUAGAGUAUAUGAUGAUUUAUGUGAAUUAUUGAAAACAAGAUCAAGACCCGCUUUGCCGCAAAACCUUGGGAGGAGAGUGAGCUAAAAGCUUAACGGAUACGACAUUGAAGAACUUACCGAAGAAUUUAAAUAACAUGAAAUCUUUCAAAUACUUUCUUCAUAUACAUACCUUUAUCCAAAAUUUUUUAUAAAACAUUAUAAUCGAUUCAUUUGCUUUUUGAUACUAAUUCGUUAUAGCGAUUUAUGUUUUUUUUUAUUAUCAAAAGCAAAUCAUUUUUGUAAAAUAAUUUAUAUUCCCUUACAUUUUCUUACCGCACCUAAUUUUUCGAUAUCUACCUUAAAUUAUUAAUUUAAAUAUGAUUCCAAAUUCCCUAGCAUGUUUAAUACGCUUUAUGAUUUUUAUAAUUUUUAUAACCCAAAUAUUUCUUUUUUACAAGCAUAUGUUUUUUAUAAGAUAAUUAGUCAUGAUAUAAUCAUUCAUUAUAUCAUGGACCAAAAAAAUUUAAGAUAUUUUCUUAUAAUCCCGUUAUAUGCAUAAUUUUUUUUUUCCAUAUUUUUUUUUUCUUCUUAAAAAAUC